AGGAUUCCGAAAAUUCGCGGUGCGUGAUGAAUUCGGUUUAUUGGUUGACUUCCAAAUAAGCUAUGUUCUCCGAUUGGGGAAUUGUAAUCCUCCGCCAUGGAUGACGACGAUGGUGGAAGACGGGUUCUUCUAGAUGUGUUGAAUGAUCCUCAUGCGUUAGAGUCCUUUCUUGGUUUCGGCGGCUCCGUGAGUAAAGGAGCGUCUUACCAUGACUCGUCGAAAGGUCUUCCCGGAUUCUUGCCAUUCCGAGUCAGAUCCCCUCAAUCAUCCGAUGUCAGCUCCACGGCUGAUAUCCAAGCGCCGACUGUGGUGGAACUGAAACCCGUGGAUCACAGUCCUCUAAGUACAAUCGACAUCGAAGAUCCUCCGACCGAAGACAUCUGUCAUGUCGGAAACGGUUCCGUGGACGCUGGCACCCACAUCUCAAAAGGCAGCCCAAACACUCCUCACGGAAACGGCGUAAGCAGCACGACCAAUGGUAAUCGUGCUUCGCUGCAAAAUGGUUCGACACCCGGGGAAUUGCCUGGUGUCGUACCCAACCCAAAACCCUGGGGAAGUAACACCACAUCCAAGCAGGGAAGCAGGAAACCCUCGUGGAAAAGCGGAUCUAAAUCCGAACCUUCUGCGGAACACGCCACGGUACACAAUGGGUCCGGGACGAAAAUCAAUCAUGUCGUGGUUCCUGGCAGCUCUCCUCUGCGAUUCACUUCUCCGGCUUCCAAUGCGUCGAUCAUGAUGGUCUCUGGACGACCUCCGAUGAUUAAUCUCAGCCAAAGCACGGCAUGUCCAAAGUCCUCUCCAGUGUCUCAUCGUCCGAUUCAGCCAAAGCCUUCCCACGCAUCCCCAUCUGCGAAGAUACUGUCGAAAGGUGGCGAUUUGAAGAAGCGGAGUUCUCUCGGUAGUGGUGCUAGUUCAAUUUCUCCUGGUCAACAAGUUUCGUCUCCGAGUGUUACCAAUGCUGUACCUAACUGUAUCCCCGGGUUGCAACAUUUUCUACAAUCUCCCAGUGCGAUCCCGUGCUCUGCGGGUUCUGUGCAAAUUCAGAGCGCUUCUCCUAAUCCGUCUAUGGGUCCCAUUCUGAUGAACCAAGCCAUGAUGAUGCCGCAGCAAUUGUUCCUAUCGCAAACUGGGGCUGGCAUGCAGUUUCUUCUUCGACCUACUGCUCCCGCUCCGAGUUCGCUGUUGUCUUUUCCAUUGUCUGCUCAGUUGCCUCUGAAACAAGGAAACAGUUCCGAAGGCGUAGGACAUCAAGUAAUGAUCCCGGGCUCUGCAGGAGCAGUGCUUCUACCAUCUGGAAUGCUGGGUACCGCAUCCAACAACCCUCAAUGCCAACCCAGCGUUCUUUCAAACCCGAAUGCUCCGCCAAUUCUGCACUUAGCUGCUGGCACAACUGUGCAUUUGCAGCAAAUUCAAACCCCCAACGGUCUGAUGACAGUCGCCAUCCCGUCUGGUGGACAACACAUGUCCUUUCCUGGACUGCAACCCACCCUGGUUCAACCGGGUCCUUCGCUGCAACUGAAUUUGUCGGGUGCUGCUGGGAUCCCGACGAGUCAAGCCGUGAAACCCGUCGCACAAGCUCAAGGAUCCGGAACAACUUCCUUCAAGGUUCUCAAGUUGUCUGGGGCAUCAGGAUCUCCGAAAAGACUGGAUAAUGAUCUCAGUGCGACCUGUCGUUCUGUGCAGCACUUGGAAACUGGUGCGAAAUCGAGCAGCGGGCUAAAGACGAAAUCCGGCAGCACCAACACUUUCUCUAGUAAUCCUGUGAUAAUGUACUCGUCGAAUACCGAAGUCAAUAGAAGCGAUAGACUCGGGAAGAAGAGAAACAGGUUGAUCAAGUCGCGACAACGGGAAUCUGCUGCUGAGCCGUUGGUCAAGUUGCCGGGGAAAUCUCCGUUGAGUGCCGAUCAGCUUUUGUUGGCUGCUGUGCAAGAAGCUGGGAUCGGAGACGACGACUUGUUUUUGGAUGAACCCGAAGAUUCCUCGGGAGUGGAUGUUUUGUUUGAAUCCGUUUACCCCGGGAAAGAUUUCAACACCAGUUCCAGAGCGAGAGCUGAACGUUCGAGUGAUGCGCACUCAGUGAAAACGGCGUCCGUGGGAAGCGGAUCGGGUGGCGAAGACGAAGGCAUAGUGAUCACGAUCGACUCGGACAAUCAGUCCCCACCUUCAAUGCAGUCGUCUUACUCUGAAGACCCUCAUUUCGGCGUAGAAACAGCCAGUGUGUCCACGUCCACGUGUGACUUGUCGGAAGGAGCGAAACGGAAAACCUGCCACAGCAAUAGCUCUUCAACUCGGACCACCGACCCUGUUCGUGAUUCUUUCGUCGCGGUCUCGGAUUCGUGCAAUCAAGUCAACUUGCCGCCGUCGGACGCGGAGUGUCGCCCGUGUGACGCGGAAAGUGGCGUCAAACCGACGACUGCGACCGAAGAAAGGAACCGCGCGUCGUCUGUCAAUAAUGAUCACAAGAGAAGUUUGCCAGUUUCUGAAAUCCAUCUGCCUCUCGCUCAUAAAUCGAAACCGGCCGAGAAGAGGAAGUCUGAGGUGGUCAUGAAGCCGUUGUCGGCGUGCGAGAAAGCUUUCGAUGCCAUAAUGAAGGACGAUGGUUCGUGGAGAAAAGGCCCGGGAUCCUCGAAACCGCAGGCGACAUCUGUGGCGAAAUCAAAUUCGAAGGAAUUUGCAGAGAAGUCGGUUGAAAUUGGGAAAUCUGGUGACAUGUUGGGCCCAUUGUCGAUUUCGGUGAACAAGGUCGCUUUGAGUAUGCCGCUUCUCACUUCACCGGAUGUUCCGCCUCCUGCCGCCCCAAUGUCUCCGAAAGCUGACUCGCGAGAUGCUGGCGGCGAAUCAUCACCCUCGAAGAUCCCACGCUUGGAAGCGCCGCCCUUGCCAUCGAACGAGACGACCAAAGCAACGGUUGGAAAAGCCGCCACUAGAAUCUCACCGGUCAAGUCGCCUCCAGACAAAGGUGCUUUUUCUGCUGCUGAUGAUAGCGGUGGUGUCGCCGUCGUGAGAUCUCUGGGAGUCGAGGCCAUCAUUUCUCCACCGAAACCCGUUGUGGAUCCUGCAGUUGUGAUGGCUGAACGUCAAGCUUUAUUUGAACAAAGAUUGAAGACUGAUCAUGAACGCGUGAUGGAUCCUUUAUCCUACUUUCGGAAUCCUCACUUCAGCGGAGUCGUCGAUUGUUCUCAUACUCCGUUACGCGGAUUCCAAACAUUUUCCGAGGCCUAUUCCGCAUUGACUCCUUACCAUGUUUUCCAAGAUACUGCGGAUCCUCGCGAAGAAGUUGAGUUCAAUCAAGUUUUGGAAGACAAAUGCAGACAUUUGAUGGCGAGGAUUGACAGCAUGAAGUCUAAAUACCAGACGUUGCUGUUGAAGGAAAGCAUGCAUCCUGCGCCGUUGUCGGAGCAAGUCAUGCUUGGACGGGCUUACGUCGCCGAGGAGAAACUGAAAUUGAAGCAAGAUCAAGAAAUGCUUGCCCAGCUCGGUUCUCUGCCAGCGUUUGAAAGCCCCGACAUACCAUCAAUUCGUCCCUCAUCAUCAGCGUCUCUCAGUCAAAUCUCGCCUCAGUCCUUCGGCUCGUCCAGCACUCCAACUUUCGGCCCCAGACUAGAACCUGAACCAAGGCCUGCCUCAGAACCUCAGCCUCCGGACUCGCCUAAACCCGAGAGAAGCAUUUCCUCUGCAUCAUCCCAGGAAGAAUCCCAAGAAGUCUCGAUUAAACUCAUCUCGAAGAAAAAGCGGAAAAAGGACAAAAAGAAGCGGAAGAAGAAACAAAAGCACGAGCGGAAGAAACGGGACCGGAGCGAGUCCGAAGAGACGAGCAGGAAGGCGUCGGACGAAGACCAGAAGGAGAAACACCGGCGGAAAAAGGACAAGCGACACCGGAAACGGAAGUCGUCGAAAGCCGCCCCGGAUUUCCCGGAAGAAGAACAAGUUGCGUGUGAGCCACCGUUUAUUGACCUGGACUCGGAAGCUAGCGAGUCCACGACGGAUCAUCGCUUGAAUUUGACGCUGAAAUUUGUGCGGGACACGAACGGGUCGUCGAGUGGGUUGUGUUACGCGUUCCAGCAGACCCUGCCCAAGAGUGAAACUGUGAAGCCGUUGAAAUUGCAUCGGAGAAACGGGAGGAUUCAGUGUACGAGACCGUAUGAGCACGACGCGGAUGAUUGUGACUCUGCGGAAUCUGGGGAUGCGGGCCGACGACGGAAGAAUGAUGCGGUGAAACGGAUUGCCGAUUAUGAGACGAGGGAAAAUGUAGAGGCGAGAUUGGCGUCGGAUUUAGCCCUGGAUCAGGCCGUGCAAAGUAUUGCCGGUGUCGAGAGUGAUAGUUUUCAUUGCGGGUUGAAUGGUGUGCAAGUGGAUCAAACUGAAACCGGUGACAGUGAUGACUCCAGUCCGGAAUAUGAUCAGGCGCAGCAAAUGUCGCGUGGUAGUAUUCCAAGCUUGUUAGCUGUGCAGAAUGGCAAUAGUAGCCGCUUUGGCAGCCAUGUGCCAAAUUCUGGAUCCUCCAGCAGGUGUCUUGAAUCUCUCAAAGGCUCUGUGGUAAAUGAAGACGUUGGAGUGGCUCUAUCAGGGUUGAAUGCUUCUGUGGGAGCUCUGAGCACUCGCUUGGCCUCAACAAAGGCUGAAAAAGUGGAGACAAGACCCACUGUGAGGAAACCUGAUGCUGUGGCGAGGAAGCAUUUGACUGACUUCGGUGCCUAUGUUGCGGAAUGCAUGCCCAAGUAUGUCCAGAAAGUGCAACUGUCCGCGGGGGACGAGUUGGAGAUUCUCAUUGCCCCUUCGGGGGUUGUCCCGGUGCUGCACUUUUUGAAAGAUCAUCACACGGCCCAGUUUACCAAUAUUACUGAUCUGUGUGGAAUGGAUUGUCCGUCUAGAACGUAUCGCUUUGAGGUGGUCUACAACCUGUUGUCGCUGCGGUUCAACUCCCGGAUCCGCGUGAAGACCUACACUGACGAACUGACUCCCUUGGACUCGGCCUGUGAAGUGUUUUCGGGUGCCAAUUGGUACGAGAGGGAAGUUUACGAUCUCUUUGGAGUCUAUUUCGCGAAUCACCCGGAUUUGCGACGCAUUCUCACCGACUACGGCUUCGAGGGACAUCCCUUCAGAAAGGACUUUCCUCUUUCCGGUUAUGUGGAGGUGAGGUAUGAUGAUGAGCAAAAGAGGUGCGUGGUGGAGCCACUGGAACUGGCGCAGGAAUUCAGGAAAUUCGAUUUAGCGUCGCCCUGGGAAACUUUCCCUAACCAUCGAAUUUCUGCCCCUUCUGAAGCCGAGGAAGCGCCUGAAGCUGAAAAGAAAGCCUGA